AUGGGCCUCUUCAAGCCAACCGUCACGUUCUUCGGCUUCACCAACUCACCUGCCAUAUUCCAAGCCACAAUCAACAAGCUCUUCCAUGAUCUCAUCCAUGAAGGUGUCGUUGUUGUCCAUCUUGACAACAUUCUCAUCUUCACCAAGACACUUAAAGAGCAUUGUCGUGUAACACAAGAAGUCCUGCGCAUAUUACAGGAAAAUAAGCUCUAUUUCAAACCUGAGAAAUGCAAGUUUGAGCAGAUAAAGAUCAAAUACCUGGGUAUGAUUAUUGAGGAGGGACACGUUUGUAUGGAUCCUGCCAAGUUGGCUUCUGCGUUUUCUACUGCCACUUCAUUAAGGACUUCAGCUGUUGAAUUCUGGCUCUCUGUUUGA